AUGACGCGAGGCUGCGCAGCGCAGGGAAAUUGGCAGAAGUGAAAUUAUCCAGGGCUGGGGUAAUGUUUACAGCUUGGGGAAUCUUAGCAACUUCAUUCAUCUGAGGAGUUCCCACCAGCAAUAUUUCUUUCCCCAGAGAAAGAGAGAGAGAAAAUAACAAAGAGGCAGAAGGUGGGAGAGAAAAAUCAGGAAAGCAAAGAGCCAGUGCGGUUUGUGUCCUGGUCUGUACCCGAACCCGGAUUACAGAAAGUUGCAACGCUAUGGAGUGGGGAUCGGAGCUAUGGGACCAGUAUGACAUCAUAGAACGGCAGACCCAGUGGGGGAUCGAACUGGUGGAGAAGUAUGUGAAGUUUGUGAGGGACCGCAGUGAAAUAGAGCAGAGUUACGCCAAGCAGCUGAGGACCUUGGUGAAGAAAUACAGCCCCAAACGAGUGCUGAAAGAGGACCAGGAACUGAAGUUCUCCCAGUAUGAGACCUUCAUCAACAUUCUCAAUGAGUUGAAUGACUACGCCGGGCAGCGAGAGGUUGUUGCGGAGAAUCUGAUACAGUACAUCUUUGCUGAACUGAUUAAAUAUUUGUAUGAGAACAAGCAGGAACGCAAGAUGCAUCUUCUAGAUGGAAGAAAAGCCCAACAGAAUCUGGAAGUCAGCUAUAAGCAGCUAGAUAAUGCCAAGAAAAGAUUUGAGCGGGAUUGCAAGGAGGCAGAGAAAGCUCUGCAGAAUGCGGAGAAAGUUGACAACGAUAUCAACACGACCAAAGCAGACGUGGAGAAGGCGAAACAACAAGCAAAUCUACGAAACCACAUGGCGGAAGAGAGCAAAAAUGAGUACGCCUCUCAGCUACAGAAAUACAACAAGGACCAGAAUGAAUUUUACUUUGUGGAGAUGCCUAAUGUUUUCAACAAGCUCCAGGACAUGGAUGAGCGGCGGACACGGAAACUGUGCGAGGCCUACAAGAUGUUUGCCGACACGGAGCAGAAGGUCAUGCCCAUCGUUGGGAAGUGUCUGGACGAGAUGAAGAAAGCUGCCGAGUCGGUGAAUGCAAACGGGGAUUCCUGUGUUUUGAUUGAGGCCCACAAGUCAGGAUUUGAGAGGCCUGGGGAAUUGGAAUUUGAAGACUACAGCCAAUUGAUCAAUCGAACGUCAUCGGAAAACAGUAUUGGUUCCCUGAAAUCAGAGUCGAAGGUUGAUCAAAGGACCAUCGGCAAAAGCAAGACCAAGCGAUGGCCGUUCGGCAAAAAAAACAAGCUGGCAGUGUCUGAAGACUUCAGUCACCUCCCACCCGAACAGCGCAGGAAGAAACUUCAGCAGAAAAUCGAUGACCUGAACAGGGAAUUGCAGAAACAAGUUGACCAGAGUGAAGCUCUGGAUAAAAUGAAAGAUGUUUACCAGCGGAACCCACAGAUGGGAGAUCCAAAUAGCCUUGAGCCCAGGAUAAUAGAGACUAACCAGCAUAUCGACAGACUGCAUCACGAGCUGCAGAAAUAUGAGUCCUGGCUGACGGAUGCCGAAGGGAAAGUUGUAUCGCGGAGUGAGAGCAUUGUACAGUGCACCCCGCACUGCGAUCAGUCGCCCUCCCUCAACAACAACAAUGGCUCACACGAUAAAGGGAGUCCGGAUACAACCUACUCCGAUGAUAGUGGGCAGGAGCCAUUGCAGGAACCAUUGCAGGAACCAUUGCAGGAACCAUUGCCACAGCCUCCACCCCUCUCAGAGUUCGAUGAUUUUGAAGUGGAUGAUAUCAUUCAUCCAAUUGGAAAAUCAACUGCCAUGUAUCCAUUUGACGGAAACAGUGAAGGAACAAUUGCAAUGGCGGAAGGAGAAGUACUUCACCUGAUUGAGGAGGACAAGGGGGACGGGUGGACUCGGGUCAGGCGGAACGACGGCGAGGAAGGCUACGUCCCCACGUCCUACGUGAAGGUCUCCAUCGGCGGCAUGUGAGGCGACUGGUGCCGGUGACUGUGGGACUUGCCCUCAGGUUCAGGGUGGCUCGCUCUCCAUCCGUGAACUCCAUCCUGACGGAGCCUUCUCUAGGACAGACAGCUCCGUGGAAAAGUGGGAGAGGGACGAGGGUGACCUGACCAUUACUGGUCCUCACAUUGGAAACAAAAUCCUGAGAGUUAUUUAGUUGCAUUUGUAAUAUCUUCAGCACAUAAUUAAGACAGCAUUUCUGAUCUUUCAGUUCACUGUAGGAAGACUGCCUUGUGCUGGUACAGUAAAUACUGUUCUAAUGUACAUAUUGUGUAGGAAUAAUUGUAUCUAGGGGUGAGCUCCUGACUUUUAAUUGCAGAUCACUGACGCCAUUCUUUUAUAUAGAUAUUUUACAUAGACUAUCCAUUUCUAUUAUGCAAAUAGAAAUCCUUUGUAUGGGUUGGAGCCACUCAGAGCAUAGUCUGGAGUGUGUGUGAAGCUAUGAGGCGCUCAGAUGAAAUGCCUCCUGGGACAGGAAACUUGGCUUCCUAAAGCAUCGCGUUACCACGGGCAACAAGGCCGCGUUCGAGGAGUGGAGCGGCCAUUUUGAUAAGCAGAUGGGCACAAAAUUGGCUGUGGCGCCCACAAUGUGAAUGGACUGCUGGAAUGUAAUCAAUAGAGGGGAGUUAUUGCAUGGGGGAGGGACUCCGAAAUGAGGCACGCAACCCAGAAAUGCUUUAGAAGGUGGGGCUGUUGCUCAACAAUACUUGCAACUAGUUUAGGCCGUGGAUUCUGGAGGAAGCUGGAGUCAAGUAUGGGGGGGUUCUCUCUGGAGAUUUCAAGUUGCGGGCAGCAGUCUUGUCUUGGCUUGGAUGGUUAUAUCUGUUUGUGCAAUCAUUCGGAGUCAACUUCACUAAAAUUGAAUGUCUGCCCAAUUUAUUGAUAUUUUCAGUGUAUAUUAUCGAAAUAAAUCAAUGAAUUGUUCUAAGUCGGAGGUGAAUAGGAGGAGGACAUUUUGAGCCCUGACACUAAUUCUGCCGGGUCCUAACACAAACAGUCCUGGUGGUUCUUCUGUGGUACAUGGUAAGCUGUCCAGAAUGUAGUUUCUUUGUUAAAUCGUGGCGGAAAAUAUAUGGUCAUGGAGCAUUUAUGAUGUUGUAGAGACCUACAUUGCGCUUCACAUUACAAUAGGACAGUAACCUGGUUGUUUUCCUGCACGGUUUUAAUCCUGUAAUAAAAUGCUGUUCCAACUGAGGACUCCAUGCCUAACA